GUGCUAGAAUGAAUGUGAAAGUAGAUUCACCAUAGUUUGGUAUUGAUGAUAUAGUAACCUUGUUGCCUGCAUUCAAAAAACGUUCACCUUUGAAUACACCAAACAAGAAACAUUCAUUUCAAGAAUUUACAAGACACUUCAUAACUGCAGUACGGCCAUGGACAUCCUCAAGUCAUCACGAGAAGAUCUUUGCAAGUGGUUGUCAGAUUUAUUUAUUCUCGAGAAAGUGGAUGAUAUGAUAACUGUAAAGAAAUCCAAAGAAAUACAAAAACAAAGUGGAAACGAAAAGAAAAUCGACUGCCUUCUUGAAUUCAUAGUUGAAAAAGAAGAAAGAUGUAAGGAAUUCCUCGAAAUUCUGAGAACAGUUCAGGACCGCUAUCCGCAGCUUCAAAGGUUGUUUGGCGAAAGUGGGAAAGGACAUGUUUAUCACUGUGUACAAGUGGAUGGAGGAAGCAAUGCCAUUGCCCCUUGUAUUAUGUCUUCUGUCGUGUCAGACUUAAACAUGCCAGUGAAUAUAAAGACGUCAUCUGUCUGCUCCAGCAGCAAGCCAAUGCCACCCUCACCUACUGCUGACUGUAACGCCAAACAAAAACGUACUGCUGAUGAAGCAGCUUCUGCUGAUGAAGGUAACUCCAAAGGACAACAUGGAAGACAUUUUAAAGUACACGCUACAAAUGGAAGUAAUGUAGUUGCCCCAGUUAUAAUGUCUGGGAAAGUGUUUGGAAUUAACAUGCCCAUCAAUAUAAACCAAUCCACUACCAGCUCCAGAAGUGGUGGCACAUGUACAACAUCAGGACCAGAGAAGAUUAUAUCAAUAGAAGAAGCUGAUGCCUUAGUGCCAGAUAAGAUGGCAUUCCUGAAGGCCAGCCUACCCAGUUUAGUUCAGAAAGUCAAAAAUGUAGGUCCACUCAUUGACCAAAUUUCGGUGAACGGUUUCUCUGAUGAAAUGGUUUCUAAUAUAAGAUCUGUGCAACCCGAGGCGAAACAAAUGAGAAAAAUCCUGGAGUACACCACUACAAAAUCUGUAGCCAGCAAGGUGUUUUCUGCACUUUUGGAGAAUGAACCAUAUGUUAUGAAAGAAUUAGUAGAGGAUUACUCCAAAAAAUAGGUAUACUGUUUGAAAACCUUCCCAUAACAUGCAUUCCUGUAGAAAUAAUAUUAUAGGUAAUGCCUGUAUCAAAGACCAGCUGUUUUAGGACAUCUGUUUUAAAAGACCAGUUUCCAGAUUUUUACAUAUAGCUCUCAUUAGAUUCUAUGUGAUGUGCUGAAGAAUUGUGAGAUAUAACUCUGUUUAUCAUGGCAAACCAUGAACAUGCUUCGUGAGCUGAACUAUUUGAAUGUUUGUAAUAAUAUCAAUGGAUUAUUAGAUCACUGUAAUGUCUUAAAUAAUGCCACAUGCUUUUUACACAAAAGAAGGUGUUUACUGUUUCAGUAAAACUUGUAGCUAUACAAACUGUUUUUGGUAUAACUAAUUUUGGUAAUCACUGUUUUUUUCUCUCAGAAAUUCAUAUAUGGCAGAGUUUUGAAGUAGUACAUGACUGUUAACAACAAAAUGAUAUUUCAAAGUUGCAACAAACAAUUUCAGUGUAUUUAUUUAACCAGGAUAAGAAACUAUUGAGUUGACCUCAGUACUGUAAACAAAUGGUGUGCUUGUACAGAUCACUGCCAGAAUAAUAUGAAUUCCCCAGUUUGUAGACUUUAAACAUUAUCCUCCAGCAAGUAUUGGGUCUGUGUCAAUAGCUUGAUCCCUGGAUUUUGCUGUGGGAAAGAUGUGCAGAAUGUUUGAUCUACACUCACCAUAAUUACAUUUAUGUUCAGUGGUACCACAUAACAAUAGUAAUUUAAACAAAAAGCUAUAUUUAUUUUAAUAAAAAUGCAAAAUAUUAACAAAUAGCUUUUAAGUUAGGACACAUAACAUAUACUGUACAUUAUAUAUAGCUUUUAUCAUUUAGUGUGCAGAUGGAUUCCCUCCAUUGUAAGAGCUUCAUCAGUAACUGCUGCCUUGACACUGUUAUAUCUAGGCCUCCUGUAAUUCACUCUCUUGUGGGAUGUAGCCCUUCCAGGAUGGCCAACAUCUCUGCCUUGUACCAUACAGUCUUUGCUAAGCACAUUUAACCCAACAAACACAUUUUCAGGAGAUGCUGGACAAACAGCAGAACCGCUAAGGCCUCUCUUGGGUCUUCCUCUAACAGCUGAGUUCCUGGUGCCUUCUACCGGAGCAUGCUUUUCAUUAUAAGCUCUAUUAAUGAUCCUUACACUUGUGUCUGCAGAAACAGCAGACCUCUCGCUGACGUGUUCAGUUUUUAUGGAUCCAGAAGAAUAACACUUCUGUUGUAUUAAACUGACUUCAGGUGGAGAUUCAUGAUAGCCACUUGCUAAUCUGUCAUCAGAGGUCCCAUACAAAGGCAUUCCAUUCAACUGUAGACUUCUAAACCAUUCAGAAGCAUGUCCUGUGGAAUAUGACCAGGUGAUUUGCCACUCUGAUCUUGCAGUUUAUCUUGACCUGGUUGGCUGUAACCUCCAGUAAUGCCUGUUCUUUUAAUUGAAAUUCCUAUUCCAGGAAUAAACAGUUCUUGCUGCAGCUGAUCCUGCUGUCUUGAAUGCUUUAGCAAAAUCUUCUUGGCUUUUUCCUUGCUUAUCAUAUUAUUCCAUGUUAAAGUAUUGUAGACUACUUGUCCAUCCAACGGGCAAGAGUUGCACUCAUGCAGCAGCCAUUGGUCAAUACUCUUAUGAAACUGAUAAAAAAAAGAUUUGAAAGUGCAUAAAUCAUUUCAUUGUUUAUACUAACAAAACAAAGUGAUAAAUGUAAAACACAACACAUGUAUAAUUGUC